AUGCAAUCUAGCACGAGUCUUCGAGCUUCCACGAGUAUGGCUGUCCAAACAAGCAUAAAUAGUGAAGACUCGCCGAACCCGCGAGGGCAAGGUUAUAAUGGCGUUCUGUCUAAUCUUCCUCAAGCUCAGGCAUCAACGAAAUAUGCUAAGAUUCAACCUGCCAUCGCUAUAAAGCCAAAACCUGCUGGUACUCCCAAAUCCACCUUUAAUCCCACAUAUAACCAAAAAUCGACGAAACCAGCGUCUUUCCUCCAGAAUGAUAGUUUGAUCAACACCUCCAGAAAGUGGGUUCUUCCUCCAAGACCUCGCCCUGGUCGUAAGCCUACCGCUGGUGGCUCGCCUGGACCUGAAAAGACUGCUCCAAAGAAGAAACCAAAGGUGAAACGUGAGGAUACUUCCAAUGGUGCUCCUGCUCCUCUCGAAAAGUCAGCAGAAGCUCCUUCAACGCUUCCAAAACGGCGCGUUGGAUCGGCUUCCGGUGCUUCUGCUACUGUCACCGGUGUAAGCGGUGGUUCCCCACAUGCUAUGUUAAGCAAGAGUCCUAGCAGUACCCCAGUGGCUGUUACCCCUGCUAUGGCCUCUUCGGGUUCAGUAACAGCUUCAAGCUCUCCUAAAUGUCAGGCGCCUAAUACAUCUACCACAAAUCCUGGCAUGCAAGUGAAUGAGCUCCAAAGGAGCUAUCUUGCUAGAUUGAAGGAGCAGGAACUCAUAAAGAAUUACAUUGAUGUACUUACAAACCAAAUCAAGCAAUUAAGGUUUGUUCAAAGUGGAGUUAUCACGUUCGAUGUGCUCAACGAUACCAGUGAGAACAACGUGCGGACCAAAAAGCAGCUGAGUCCUCUGUCAUUUGAACUGUUUGAUCAUAUUAACAAUAUUCACGAUUUGGAUAAGUACCUUGCCUACUUGACCACUCAACUGAAUGUCAUUCAUUCAGUGACCAAAAGAAUCAACAAUAUCAAUGGCAUAGGCGUCGGUAGGGCCGACCAGCCAUCGGGACUGGUUCUGCGGCAGGUCCGCAAUUACCUCGAUCGCCGUUCUCAAAGCAGUUUAUCUCCCGAGACUUCUAGUUUAAGUACUCCUGAAGCAUCCGAAAAUUUCACCCCAAGUCUCUUACAGCCUUUACGAAUGGACACUUUAGAUCCUGAAGACAACCUUGUGGUGGACAUAGUUAGCAAUAACGAUGCUUUAGGUGGAGAGCGUGGUCGAUUAGAGGAGACUAUUCCAGAUCUGCCUGUUGAUCUCAUGAAUCUUUUACAUGACGAUGUGAAGCCCGUUCCUGAAAAGAAGCCCAGAAAGAUGGGUUGCGGGUUUUGCACCAAUGAUACUCCAUGCGUUUGUUUUGAUGCCGAAAAUUUCUAA